AUGGUUUUCAUGAAUGGACUUGGAUCCGACCCUCUGUCAGCAAAGGAGGCAGAGGGCCCUCCGGUUCAGGUUGAACCAGUUGAUCUGAGCUUACGUUCGCCGCGCGCAAGCACCUCGCACGGCAGCAGCAGUAGUGGCAGUGGCAGUGGCAGCUGCAAAUCCUCGCCAGCAACCAAGGCGCUUGGACAUAAUCAUGGCUAUAGUAAUGGCAAGCAAAGUGGAUCAUCCUCGGGCUUUGGAGCGGGCUCCUCCGCAAGUGCCGCAUCUUUGGGGGCCUUUGCCAGGUUGCCCCAUCAUCAGCAAGCCACCCAGCAGCAACAGCAGCAGCAGCAGCAACAGCUUUAUGCCUCCGGCGUGUCCAAGUUGCCAUUCUCGCCGUUCUUUGCGGCCUCGCCAUUCUUCUUCACAUACCGAAGGAUCAGUGGCAAGCAGGAGGAUAACAAUAACAGCUGCAGCUAUAACAAUGGCAGCAGCAGUGCAGGAUCUGGAGCGGGAUGGUGCAGGAUCCGGAGCAGGUGCAGGGCCAGCACCAUGCAGGACUACGAUCGCAAGUUCUCGCUGCUGAGCCUGUUCAAGAAUCCCUACAAGUUCGGGGAUACGCAGACUUCGCGGAAAACUUCCCCAACUGGUGGUGGUUCAUCAUCCAAGUCCCUGACCGGCGUUGCCUCCUCCUCCUCCUCUUCGGCCAGUUGGAAGAGCUACGCGGGAUCGGGCUCUCCCCAUGCCGCACUCAAUCCCGCCUUCGGUGGCAUGGCCCUGGGUGCCACGCGCAAGGAUAGCAGCAGCUUCAGUGGGAUUAACUUUGGCGGAGGUGCCUCCGCCUUUGGGCGCUCCUCCUCCUGCUCCGAUUCGGCGGCCAAUGGCGGCUACAAUGAUCUCUCCAAGAACCGCAAGGUCCACAAAUGUGACACCGAAGGCUGCGACAAGGUGUACACGAAGAGUUCGCACCUCAAGGCGCACAAGCGAACGCACACAGGCGAGAAGCCGUACGUGUGCACGUGGGAGGGCUGCAUUUGGAGGUUCGCCCGCUCCGACGAGCUGACCCGCCACUACCGGAAGCACACGGGCGUGAAGCCGUUCCGCUGCCAGCUGUGCACGCGCAGCUUCAGCCGCUCGGACCACCUGUCGCUGCACAUGCGCCGCCACUGAGGAUCGGAUCCGGGAAUCUCUAACUGGAACUGCCAACCUGGCCAUACAUACUACUCCACACACAUAUGUAUAUCCGGGGAUACCCUGGCCGGAUAUCAAUACUCAUCCGAGGAGCUCGACUUACGACUCUCGACUCUAUUUAUAUGCACUUCUCCAUCGAUCAUAUUUAA